AUGAUCCUCUUAUGGUUGCCAUGCAACGGCCAACAACACCAUGACGACAACCAGCAAUUUGUGAUGGUUGCUUCCAACCAUUCGGAUUAUCCUGAAAAAGGCUACAUGGUGAAACAAGUUAUUUCCACUGAUACGGGCUUGGAGAUCCCUCUUGCUGUCAUUCCCAGUAGACCCAUCCAUGGCAAAACGAUUCAUCAUCUAGUCGUUGAAGUCGAUUUUGAAACCAGUGAACGCUUACAUGUCAAGAUCCGUGAUGAAGACCAUAAGCAAGUACCCGUACCUGAUUCACCACAUGGAUUGAAGCGUCCAAAGCUAGAUACAGCCGCUGCAUCGGACCGUAAUUAUGACUUUACGUAUACCGAGAACCCAUUCGGCUUUCAAGUGAUUCGUGCAUCCGACCAAGCUAUUUUAUUUGAUACACGCCAUUUUCCCCUGGUGUUCGAGGACCAAUAUUUAGAGAUUUCAACAUCUAUAUCGGAGGACACACACAUUUAUGGGUUUGGGGAAACACCCUUAAAACACUUGAAGCGUCAAAAAGGAAGCAUAACAACUCUUUUCGCACGUGAUGCAGCUUGUCCAUUCAAUGAAAACAUAUAUGGCACACAUCCCUUCUAUAUGGAAAUUCAUGAUGGCAAGGCACAUGGUGUCCUUCUCUUGAACGCUCAUGGCCAAGACGUGCUCUUGCAUAAGGAUCGGAUCACGUGGAAGGUUAUUGGAGGUGUUCUCGAGUACUACUUUUUCGUACCCAAAGACAACAAGCCAAACUCGGUGAUGCGCGCAUACACAGACCUCGUUGGUAAACCCAUGAUGAUUGCUCAUUGGAUGCUUGGAUGGCAACAUUGUCGAUGGGGUUAUCACGACAUUGAAGAAGUGGAAGCGGUUAUCAAAGGCUACAAGGACCAUUCAAUCCCAUUGGAAGUAAAGUGGAUUGAUAUCGAUUAUAUGGAUACGUACAAGGAUUUUACGUUUGAUCCACAGCAUUUCCCGGAACACAGAAUGUGUGCUCUUAGCGACACAUUGCAUCAAAAUAAGCAACGCAUGGUGGUGAUAGUGGAUGCAGGCAAGGCAACAUUUAGCGACUAUGGCCCUUACACUCGAGGCAAAGAGCUCGAUGUCUUUAUGAAGAAUCCUGAUGGAUCCGAUUACGUUGGCCAAGUAUGGCCUGGGUAUACCGUUUUCCCUGAUUGGUUCCAUCCCAAUGCAAGCACCUAUUGGGAGUACGAGGUGGCCGUAUGGCUGGAUAAGCUCAACUUGGAUGGAUUGUGGAUCGACAUGGAUGAGCCUUCAUCCUUUUGUUUGGGAUCGUGUGGAACAGGCAAGCUCGACCAACUGCCCCCCGCUUUUGAACCAUGGACGUUGCCCGAGGAUGUUCAACAACAACUUCACAAGGAGCAAAGGGAUGCAUUGCAUACAAUGGCUGAGAAGAUUUCUAUCAAAGAGACACGAGAUCUUUUGUAUCCUGGAUAUGCCAUUAGGAAUGGUGAAGGUGAUCUCUCGGAGAAAACGGUUGCCAUGACCGCGUAUCACUAUGGAGACAUCGCCCAUUAUGAUCUACAUUCUCUUUAUGGCCAUGCUGAAUGCAGUUUAACACGACAGGCGAUGAUCAAGCAUAGGAGCAACGAACGUCCCUUUAUCCUGAGCAGAUCGACAUUCUCUGGAUCGGGACAAUACAGCGGACAUUGGACAGGUGACAACUGGUCAACAUGGACUCAACUCAAAAGCUCGAUCAUUGAUAUCUUCAACGUGCAAAUGUUCGGCAUCUCCUAUUCAGGAGCAGAUAUUUGUGGCUUUAAUGGCAAUGCGACAGAAGAGCUAUGUACACGUUGGGUGGAACUUGGUGCUUUUUAUCCAUUUGCUCGUAAUCAUAAUGUGAAAGGAGCGGUUUCUCAAGCACCCUACGAAUGGGAAUCGACAGCUGAAGCCUUACGCAAAGCCCUUGCCAUACGUUACGCUUUACUCCCAUAUUUGUAUACUGUCUUCGAAGAAUCGCAUCGGCUUGGUACAGGCGUGUGGCGGCCGCUCAUUUUCGAGUACCCUCAUGUGAAUGAUUUUGCGGAUCAUGCAACGCAAGUACUUGUUGGAAAAGAUGUUCUCUUGUCGCCUGUGUUAGAUGAAGGAGCUACAACGGUGGUGGAUGCAAAGUUCCCUUCUGGUGUAUGGUAUGAUUGGUACACUCACGAGCGUAUACAUGUGGUGCCUCAACAAGAUGCAGCAGCCUACUAUGAGACCUAUACAUUGGAUGCUCCAUUGACACAUAUCCCUGUUCAUGUACGAGGAGGUGCUAUUCUUCCACUGAAGCAGCCUGAAAUGCUGGUGGAGGAUACAUUUUCCCAUCCCUAUACCUUAUUGAUUGCUUUGGAUGAAAACGAGGAGGCAUCCGGAAGACUCUACAUGGACGACGGGCACUCAAUCCACCAAUCGCAUGUAUCCAACAUUGUGUUUUCCUUUUCUCAGGAUGGCGUACUGCAUGCUCAGGGUGAAUUUGCAUAUCACCAUGGAUCGGAAACAACAAUCAAAAGUAUCCAAAUUGUCGGCAAGAUGUAUUCAACUGCCACCUAUCAAUCCAACAAUGACAGCUCUUUCAAAAGCUACACCCUUACGCAACAAGCUCAAACAUCUUCCUCCAUCCUAGAGAAUGCUGACAUUCCUCUUACCGAUGGGCCAUUCACUAUUCGUUUUGACCAGCAAUAA